CGCCGGAUAAAAACCUUCUUCCGAAUUACAAUCCGAAUAGAAAAUAAUCCUCUCUAAUCCCUCAAUCAAAUGCACCAGAGUAUGCAAUAAUGAAACCAGUGUGUGACAGAAAAUGAUGAGCCCAAAGUGAGGUAAGAAAAAUUGUGUACCCCCUUGAUGCCCCCACAUCUGUCUCUUCACUUGAUCACGCACCCUAUUUUUUCUCCUAUAAGAAUGCCCAUUCAUUCCAUUAAAAUCCUUGCUACAUUUAGAAGUACUCUUCCAAGGCGCAAAAAAAAAUGUUCCACUCUUUUCCUUGCAAAUAAUCCAAGAAAAUUUCAUUCAAGGGAGAGAAAAAGGAGGACAAAGGCACAUAGAAGGGGAGAUGAAGAUGACAAGUACUUCUAUUGAAAGCUCUAAGAGAAGAUUUCCGUGUAAAGCCCUAGGAGAGAACCUCAAAGAGCAAAGGGUUAGACUUUACAUAAUCAGAAGAUGCAUUGUUAUGCUUCUUUGUUAUCAUGAUUAGAAUUGGGGGGCUUUGGGCUUAUGACAUGCACAUGAUAGUUAAUUACUUGUUCUUCACCCUCUCUUCCUUCUUCAUAUUUUGUUACUUUUUUUUCUUUUUUGUACUCUAUUGUUAAUAACUAAUGCCUAACUAUUCUUCUUUUCA